UGAAACCUCACUGUCGCUUUCGCUUUUUCUCACUCCGACAGUGGAAGUUCUAGAGAGAGAAACUCAGACCUUCUCUGUAGAGUCCUCUGAGUCCUCAGACUUCAAUUUUUUUGAACGAUGACGGGUUUAAGAAUUUCUAGGGUUUUCUGACGAACUGAUUUGUCCCAAUUCUCGAUGGAAAUGCCCGGUAGGAGAUCCAACUACAAGCUUCUGAGCCAAGACCCCGACGACCAGACAGCGGCGUUUUACGAGACGGAGAGCAAGAACAAGGGGAAAUGCGACAGAGGGCUCGAUUGGGUAACCGGAGCCGAUUACCGGGCGAAUCAGCAAGCGAUUCGUGCCGGGAACCCGUACUCGUCGGCCUGGUUGCAGAGGCAGUCGAGCGGGUUCGGGUACGUGCUGGACGAUGUGUUCAAGGUUAGUGGUGUAGGGGGUGAAUUUCGAAUGAAGAGUGUGGAUGGAGCUGUUGCGACCACCAGCGGUAGCUGUGGCGGCGACUCGUCUUCCUGGAAGAGCUGGGCUCAGCAGACUGAGGAGAGUUAUCAGCUGCAGCUGGCUUUGGCUCUUCGGCUCUCAUCGGAGGCCACAUGCGCCGAUGAUCCUAACUUCUUGGAUGCAGUGCUCGAUGAUUCAAUGUCUAGGACAUGGGGCUCCGUUGUUGCCAUUUCGCAUCGGUUUUGGGUGAAUGGCUGCCUGUCGUACUUUGACAAAGUGCCUGAUGGAUUUUACCUAAUUCAUGGAAUAGAUCAGUAUGUAUGGACUGUGUGCACUGAUCUGCAAGAAAAUGGUCGUAUACCAUCAAUUGAUUCAUUAAGGUCUGUUGAUCCUGGCAUUGGUUCAAGUAUUGAAGUGGUUUUAAUUGAUCGACGUAGCGAUCCCAGUCUAAAGGAGCUCCAAAAUAGGGUUUUAACCAUUUCUCGUACUUGCAUAACUAUGAAAGAGAUUGUAGAUCAGAUGGCAAAACUUGUAUGCAGUCGCAUGGGGGGUUCAGCUUCCGUAGGAGAGGAUGAAAUAUUGUCCAUAUGGAGGGAGAGCAGUGAUGAUCUGAAAGAUUGCGGAUCUGUAGUUGUUCCAAUAGGCAGCCUUUCUGUUGGCCUAUGUAGACAUCGUGCUUUAUUAUUCAAAGUUCUGGCUGAUACAAUUGGUUUACCUUGUCGAAUUGCCAAAGGCUGUAAAUAUUGUACAAGGGAUGAUGCCUCCUCUUGUCUUGUCCGGUUUGAGCAGGACAGGGAGUAUUUAGUUGAUUUGAUUGCAAAUCCAGGUUACUUGUGCGAGCCUGAUUCCUUGCUCAAUGGCCCAUCAUCCAUCUCAAUUUCUUCACCACUGCGCUUUCCAAGACAAAAGCCAGUUGAACCUACCAUUGAUUUCAGGUUACUGGCUAAUCAGUAUUUCUCGGACUGUCAAUCGCUUAAUCUUGUUUUUGAUGAAUCUUCUGCAGGAAGUGCUGUUGAUGAGGACAAUAUGUAUCCUAAACAAUUUGAUAGGAAGAGUACAGAGGGAAAAAACCUUUUUUCAAGUUUCAGUGGCUACACCUCUGCACAUGCAAAAAUUCCUGAGACAAGUGGGCAUAGAGAUCGCCCAAAGGUGGAUACAGUUACAAACUCUAGGUUUGUUGAGGGUGUUCGACUGGUUCCUAGUAAACCAAGUAAAGGGCUCGCACUCAACGUAGGGAAUUUGGACAUCCCAUGGAGUGAUCUCGUAUUAAAAGAGAAAAUUGGUGCAGGUUCUUUUGGAACUGUUCAUCGUGCUGAUUGGCAUGGCUCUGAUGUUGCUGUAAAGAUUCUUAUGGAGCAAGAUUUACAUGAAGAACGCUUUAAAGAAUUUUUGAGUGAGGUUACUAUAAUGAAGGACCUGCGGCAUCCAAACAUUGUUCUCUUUAUGGGUGCAGUUACCAAGCCCCCAAACUUGUCCAUAGUCACGGAAUAUUUAUCAAGAGGUAGCUUGUUUACGCUUUUGCAGAAACCUGGCGCAAGGGAGGCAUUGGAUGAGAACAGCCGCUUGAAAAUGGCUCAUGAUGUGGCAAGGGGAAUGAAUUAUCUUCAUAGACACAAACCUCCCAUUGUUCAUCGUGAUUUAAAAUCUCUAAAUCUGUUGGUAGACAAACAUUAUACAGUGAAGGUUGGUGAUUUUGGUCUUUCCCGUUCGAAGGCAAGCACGUUCCUUUCCCCAAAAUCAGCUGCUGGGACUGCUGAAUGGAUGGCACCAGAAGUCCUGCGUAAUGAACCGUCAAAUGAGAAGUCAGAUGUUUACAGUUACGGUGUAAUAUUGUGGGAACUCGCAACAUUGCAACGGCCGUGGGGUAAUUUAAAUCCACUGCAGGUUGUCUCAGCUGUUGCGGUUUAUAACAAAAGGCUGGACAUUCCGCAUGAUGUGAAUCCAAGUGUGGCGGCUAUAAUUGAGGCUUGCUGGGCUAACGAACCCUGGAAACGACCUUCAUUUGCUAGUAUCAUGGAAUCUUUGACGCCAUUGAUAAAAGAUCCUGUGACUCAACCUAGUCAUGCAAAUAUGCCAUUACUCACCUGAACGGGAACGAGUCUUAUUCAUGCACAUAAUACACCAUUCUUUAGAGAAUCGAUGUGUGGCGGGCAUACGUGCUGUUCAUAGUCUCGGGUAUGCCCAUUACUUAGAUAUGUAUUCUUAGUUUUAGUUUGCUUGGUCAGUUUCCGGUCCAAUGAACUCGUAUGCAUAAUUUCCGAUGCUUGUUCUGUGUCAACUGGUUGCAGAGCCAUUGUACAUUUCUGCUCUUAUCGCCGAUUCAGCAUUUGGAUUCUUAACCAAAUGAAGGCAACUAUGAGUGCCAACAGUGUCUGCAUUGCCGUCUCUUCUCGCCAUCAUGGGGAAGUUAUAUAAUUUCUGUGUUAUAAUUUUGUACAUAAAAGAGCGUUACUAGAAUCGAUUACAUCUUUCCUAGCA